AUGGAUGCCUUGUUUGCUAUCUCAUCAGGAGCUUCUUCGGAGGGCGGAGAUCCUGAGACCGCUCCGGAAGCUUCAUCUCUGGGGCAUCAUAUUCCUGCUGACCAAGAUAUUUUGACGGCGCACAACAUCCAACACUUUGGAAGAAAGGCCUUGUUUUUUCAACUGAUUUGUGCCAUUGGCGCAAUAGUGCACUCAUGUUUGAUUCAGAAUGAGAUUCUUACCUUUAGCUAUCUCAUCCUGGUCCAGGGCUGGUUCAUUGUCCUAGUGUGGAUCACGACUCUACCCAGGUCACCAGCGGAAAAGCUCAAGGAUAGGAAGCAACGUGCUGGAAGGACCUUAUUGCCCACUUGCCUCAUCGCCAUUAGCGUGCGGUUGAUCCCCCACCUACAAACAUUCCUUUCGGAGAACUACUGGGAAACACAUCAUACCAUCAUCUUCUGCUAUCCAAUAGUGUCGGUAGUCUGUGUUUGUUUUGUGUUCGCGGGCCUCCAUCACAUUGGUUAUUGCGUUUCCUUACUCUACGAUGAACCUAAAGAAAUCUGCUGGAUGGCCCUCCAGUUCAUUAGCAUGACUCUGAAGGCUGGCUUUGUGCAAGCGGCGUUGUUUACCCUCGUAUUGGUGGAGAUGGGAAGCAUGAGCUCGGAAGAAUGGUACGAUGCCAUCAACGAAAAGGCCCCAGAAGAAACCACAAAGAGUGUCAUUCAGGCCCUUCAGGCGACAACCGCCGGGUUGGCCAUGGACGUCUUUUUGUUCCGAGCGCUAAUUACAACGCACAUUCUCAAGAUAUGGCUCUUGGAUGCGGUUCGCGGAAAAAUGACACUUUUAGAGUACUUUUCCAUCUUUCUCCAGCUCUUGAUCGUUGUCUCUGUCUCCGCUGUGGUUUCCAUGGAACCCGACUUCUCGAGGACCACAGCCGAAUUCACGCUGUUUGAUUUUGUGCUAAUCUUUGGCAUAAUCUCGCCGUGUAUUCUCAUGUGCUUCAUUCUGUGGUAUCAAGUCUGGGUCUGGCACAAGUGCAAAUAUUUCAAGGAACGAGACGAUCGCGUUACAAAACUAGAGACAGUUUUGCUGUCGUCAAACAUCGCCUGGCCCGGGGUGAACGCGAACGGAAGAACAUCGUGGACUGGGCCAGUAAACUAGAAAGGAACCGAGAGAGUCUGGGAAACUUCCUUUUGGAUUCUUCAUGGAUGAGAGUUGAACACGAGGAGGAGGGAUUUGAGGACGAGGAAGAGGAAACUGUGUCGCAGCCAGGGCGGCUGACACGAGACAGUCGCUGUGUAAGUACUUAGUAGAGCGAAGCCGUGGCGGAUACUUUGCGUCGCCGUAUAAUUAGUCUCAGGCUCGACUCGGACUCCUUCGUUGGCCUG